CUGCGGCUUACGGGAUAGGUCUAGCAGGAAUGUUGUGCGGAGUGGUGCUCCUAGGAACGUGUUGAUGGUUUCCCUUUUGUGUUCUUAUGUAUUUUAGUAAGAGAGAAAGACAUUCGUUUCACUCGUGCCUGUGUCUGUGAUUUACAGCCUACAUAUCAACAUUACGUAAAUAAUCAUACAUAAAGAAUGGGAGAGAACGGGGAAUCUCUGCAGGCUUACAGCCGCUGGGAGGAGUUUGAUGAAGCCAAUGGAGACCUAGAGAUUUCCUAUCCACCGCCUCGCAAAAGUACGUGUUCGCGUCUCUUCGAGGGCAGGAAGGGUUUCUGUGUGAAGUGCCUGCUGCUGCUGGUCGCCUUCAUCGCCGGAUUCUUCAUCGGCUACGCGAUACAGCGCCACCUACACUACAACACCGUGCCGCAUCACUCCGGCGGCACGUGUGGCGACACCUACUGGGACCACUACUACAAGCCGGAGCUGUCCGAGAAGCUGCGAGGUUUCGUCUCGACGAAAGGCCUCGACAACAGCCUCAGAUAUUUCACGAACACGCCUCAUCCCGCUGGAAGCUCGCCCGACAUUGUGCAGGCAACCUACAUAGAGAGCAAGUUCAGCAACGCGCGUCUGUUCGAUAUUCAGAAGCUCAAAUACCGCGUAAAGCUAUCCAGACCUGAUAGGUGGAGUACGCGCAGCAGCGGCGCUCUCGGCGUGCUGCUGUACGAGAUCCCCGCAGUCGCCCGCACAAACCAGGAGCGCAGCCUGGCCGCGAAGGCGUUCUGGCUCCCGGGCGACGGAAAUCCGAUACGGAACGCUGCCUGA